AUGGGAAGUAAAGCACUCAACACCAUGGGACACACUGACCCCUCAACCCAUUCUUUCACCAUGAGUACACCAAGAACACCAUGGGAAAUGCGGCCAAAAAUCUCGUGGGAUGAAUUUCCCCAUGGGAGCAGCUUCCAUGGGAUCCCAUGCAUGGGAAUUUUGGCCUGGGAGCGGCGCAAGGACCUGACGGACCACCGGGACGACUCGACGUUCAGCUUCGACCCGUCGCACAUCCCCAUCAAGACGCUGGAGAAGGGCAAGGAGGCGCGGAAGAAGAUCGACUCGCGCAAGGGCGUGCUGCUGGCCAGCUACACGCGCAAGAAGUCGCGGCGGCGGAAAAAGACGCGCUCCUCGGGGAGCGGCGGCCGCGGCAACGGCAACGGCGGCGACAACGGCGGCGACGACACGACGUCGCGGCGCUCGGGCGCGUCCCGCUCCGCGACCCCGAGCCCGCGCCACAGCCCGCGGCACAGCCCGCGCCACAGCACCGGCAACCCGGCCGACGCGGCCGCGGAGGCCGAGGCUGUGCGACAGAAGCAGGCGCUGCUGUCCCCGCAGCAGGACGACGGGCAGGUGAUCGGCCAGGAGGACGCGGUGCUGCAGCAGGGCGAGCAGCGGCAGCAGGGCGGCGGCGGCCAGCAGGAGCAGCAGCAGCAGCAGCCGCCGGGGGCGGGGCCGCCGCCGCAGCGAACGCCGGGCCCGCAGCGCAUGCGGCGGGCGCCGCCGGGCGGCAAGGCGCUGUCCCCACCCAUGAGCCACCACGCGCCCCACCCGCUGCCGCCGCACCUGCAGCCCGACAUGCUUCACCCUUACAACGCUCUCGGUGAGUGGAAACGCGACCAGCGCCUCCAGGAGGCGGUGGAGCUGGAGGACGAGCAGACGCAGACGUCGAGCCCCGGCGCGGGUGCGGGCUGGCAGGGGCGCCUGUCGGCCUUCCUGCACGUGCACCGCGGCUCGCGGGCGUCCUCGCGCAAGUCGUCGCGCGCCUCGGACGCGUCGGACCUCUCGGAGCUGGGCGGCGCGUGGCUCAACCUGCCGCUGCUGCUGGUGCAGCCCAACCUGGGGCCGGAGGGCGAGGGCGACCCGGACGCGGACACGACCACCGACGUCAACAUCACCGUGUCGCAGCCGAGCCCGGACCCGAGCUACUCGGGGCGCGGCCUCACGUCGCCUCCCAUCGACCCGCUCUUCAGUCGCGGGGAGAGCCUGACGGAGACGGUGCUCUCCCUGUGCGGCAUCGACCCCGUGAGUAUCAUGGUCACGCAGCCCUCGCCGGACCAGGCGACCGCCCCCGGGCAGCCGUCCACGCCGCCGGACCGCCGCUCCCCCAGGGCGUCGCCCACCUCGCCGGCGUCCUCGGCCGCCAGCACGUCAUCCGUCGGCUGUCCGAGCGACGACCCCGGCGGCUCCACCCCCACCUCCGCCGGACCGACGUCCUCAGCCUUCCAGAGACGCCAGGCGUUCCGACGCGCCAGCGUCGCCUCCGACUCGGCCCUCGUCAACUCGAGGGCGUCCGCGUCCACCUCGGGGGGCCGGCGCCGCUCACCGUACCGCCAGGCCAGCGAGUCCACCGUGGUGCACGUCCUGGUGCACCGCGAGUCGGAGGAGUACGCCGCCGACGACAAAGACAGAUGA